UGAACUUUGAUCUUUUCUCCCAGUUUCUUUCUGAGUACGGAGUACGUUGACGAGAUAUAAUGGGGAAGAAAAGCAACAAUGGAAGUCAGCCAUCGGAGAGGACGCCGCUAUUGCACCCCGAUCCCGAGCUGUUAGAUGGCUCUGCCAUUGAGGAGAACGCGAUACAAACAGUAGAAUCUCACAGUCAAGGAGCUCUUCAACCAGGGGUCUUUCCGGACGGUGGAAGGACACGGAGUUACUCACAUAGCCAUUGGCUUGCGCCAGACGAAGAUGCAAGUGGUCGACCUGAACCCGAAUUCGUCGCAGAGUUUGGGGAGAAUGGAUUAAUCGCGAAUCUUUCAAGAACCAAGUUCCGAUUCAUUUUUGGAGGCAUCCUGCUGGGUUACCUGGUGGCCAUGUUCGACUCUACACUUAUGGCAUCAAGUCAUCCAGUCAUUACUUCCUAUUUCAAUGCCUCUAAUUCGGCUUCAUGGUUAUCUACUUCGUUUCUACUCACCUCAACAUCUCUCCAACCACUUUUCGGUCGCGUCUCGGACACCAUUGGUCGCCGUCCACUGUAUCUCAUGGGCAUUGCAUGGCUGGCAGCAACGACCGCUUGGUGUGCUUUGGCGCAAAGCAUUGGAAGUUUCAUUGCCGCAAGAGCAUUUUGUGGUUUCGGUGCUGCGGGAGUUCUAGCGAUGGGGAAUAUCAUGACGAACGACCUGGUCAGCAUUCAAGUCCGAGGCACUUACCAAGCUUAUAUCAACUUAUUCUAUGGCGGCGGAUCUGCUGCAGGUGCCGCCUUUGGAGGUUUCCUUUGCGAUAAACUGGGAUGGCGUAUGACCUUUGCUCUUCAAAUUCCCCUGCUGCUUGUUAUCUUCCUGAAUGCUGUGUUCACUACACCAUCGAAUCUCGGCCCACAGCUGGCGAAGCGUUCUGGAAAAGGCUUGCGGGAGGCAUUGAAGGACUUUGACUUCGCUGGAUCUUUUCUUCUAACAAGCUCAGUUGCAUUUUUGAUCUUGGGUCUCAAUCUGGGUGGAAAUGUCUAUCCUUGGAAACAUCCUCUCGUAAUCACAGCCCUUAUUCUUGCCGUCCUUGCUGGUGGAGCUCUCAUCUAUGCCGAAUCGAAGGCUUCAAGACCUGUCAUGCCUCUGGCCAUGCUUUUCAGCAGGCCGCGAGGCAACUUGGUCUUCAACAAUUUCUUCGCACAAGUUGGCAUAAACACAAUCAUCUUCAACGCACCUCUGUACUUCCAAGCCGUCAAGCUCGAGUCCGCCUCUCUAUCUGGAUUUCGUCUUGCUGGUCCGUCAGUAGGUUUGACAAUCUGUGGAGUGUCUGCUGGGUUCAUCAUGACAGCAACCGGCAAGACACGAUGGCUCAUCGUUGUCGGUUCGUUGGGCAUGCUGUUGGGAGGAAUUUGUAUGUCCGUAAUGUGGGAUGGCAUACCAGAAUGGGUAGCUACCCUCUUCCUCUUCCCACCGAGUAUUGGCCAGGGACUCUCCUUUCCAGCGUCCUCCAUCGCCGUCCUCGCGACGAGCACGCAAGCCGAUCAGGCAGUCAUGACGAGUACUCUGAUUCUCUGGCGAAGCCUGGGUAUCGUGAUGGGCGUUUCACUAAGCAGCCUGAUUCUCCAAAAUGCCUUGACAGCCUAUCUUCACGACCUCGUCACCGGUCCCGACAAGGACGAGAUCAUACUCCGUGUACGACAAUCGGUCCGCUCUAUUAUCGCCCUUGAACCCAAGACACGAAGCCAAGUCAUCGAUGCAUACUCGCGAAGUCUGAAGAUUACAUUCAUCUCGGCCAUUGCUGUUUUCGUGAUAGUCAAUGCGCUGUUAAUCCCCGUUCGCCUUCCAAAUCUUAAGAACAAGGAGGCGGAGGAGAGACAAUCACACCAAGCGCAGAACACGAACACGUCAAGUGGUGACGAGGAAUAAAGUGGAUCGACCCUAGAGA